GUUUACAGCGCAGCUUCAGGCUCCACGCUAGCAUCGUUGAUUUGACGAGAAGUGACUUAUCUUGUGCUGUUGUAACUAACAGUUUGAUAAUUUGGUAAAAUCAUUUAGUUUUGCGCCGCAUCGCGAUUAGCAUGAUUGCUUGGAGGCGGAAGUGCUGCCUACAAGCAUAGCAAUGUCGAGCUGGCUAACGCAGCGCCGUGGUUAGCCAGCUAGGCAACUAACAACACAAGCUAACUUCUCACACAGGAGCGGUACAUCCAACACAGUGAAACAGGUCCAGGAAUAAGUGCGGCCAUGGGCGCGGAAAGCAGCGCGGUGCGGAGUUGUACCCUGGAGGAGCCACUCCUGACCCUGCCCUCCGGACUCACCAUGUACUCAGCGAUGCUCCAGGAUGGAAAACCCGCUUCCGUGUUUGUUCACAAGCGGGGCAACGAGGACAAAGUCAACAAAGCUGCCAAGCACCUGAAGACCUUGAGGCAUCCAUGUCUGCUGCGCUUCCUGUCCUGCUCAGUGCAGGACGGCGGCAUCCACCUGGUGACGGAGCGUGUGCAGCCCCUGGAGCUGCUGCUAGACAGCCUCUCCCCAGAGGAAAUCUGCGCCGGCAUCUACGACCUCCUGCAGGCACUUGUCUUUCUGCACGAGAGGGGUAAAUCAAGCCACAACAAUGUCUGCAUUUCAUCUGUAUUCGUCAGUGAAGACGGUCAUUGGAAACUGGGAGGAAUGGAGACCGUCUGCAAGUUCUCUGAGGCAACACCAGAGUUUCUCUCGAACAUUCAGAGUGUGAGAGAAGCCAGCUGCAUUCCUCCAGAGGAGCAGGUUGAAGGCUUUAAAAUGCUUCCGGAGAAAAAUGCUCACUCUCGGGACUGUUACUCUUUUGGCAUGAUGGUGGAGACCCUCAUCUCUCUGCUGAAUGGCUAUGUGUCACAGGAGCUGUCUGACAGCCUGAAGAAGACCCUGCAGGUGGGCCUGCUGAACUCUGACCCCUUGUCUCGACCUCCACUCAGCUCCCUGCUGACUCAUGACUUUUUCAGGAAUGACUUUCUGGAAGUGAUGAAUUUUCUGAAGAGCCUGACCUUGAAGACGGAGGAGGAGAAGAAUGAAUUCUUUAAGUUUCUUCUAGACCGGGUCCAGAGUCUCCCUGAAGAGCUGAUCGCUGCACGUCUCGUCCCCACACUCCUCAACUCUCUGGUUUUUGCAGAACCCAUGGCUGUCAAAAGCUUCCUGCCUCAUCUUCUGAGGCCAAAGAAGGACUCCAGUGGUGGUGGUUGCGGUGAAGAAUGCCUGCUGUCUGUGUCCCUUUACCGUAAACAUGUGAUCGCUCAGCUGCUCAAGCUCUUCAAGGUCAACGAAGAACACGUCCGGAUUGUGUUGCUGGCACACAUCCACAUCUUCGCUGAGUUCUUCUCCCAUGACGAACUCAAAAACCAGAUCCUACCUCAGGUUUUGUUGGGAAUGAGAGACACCAACGAUUCUCUGGUUGCCAUGACGCUGCAGAGUCUGGCGGUGUUGGUGCCCUUGCUGGGGGCUCAAGUGGUGGUUGGUGGAGAGAGAACCAAGGUCUUUAAACGCACCACACCCAACUUCACCAAGUCUACAGAGGUCACCCCUGAAACUUCGCCUGUCCAUAUUGUUGGAAGCUCCCACCCUCAGAUGGCCCAGCCUUCGAAAGUCUUGAAUUUGUUCCCGAGACCAUCUGGGACUGAAAGCCUGGUCCUGGAUCACAUGGGUAGCUUAGCGGAUAGUAAGGAGACUCCAAGAAGUUACCCUCUGCCAUCAAAAUCAGAUGUCAGUAGACAGAUGUCUCUCCCUUUGAAUGGCUUUCGUCAGGAUCGCGAGUUGGAGCCACUGUCAUACAGCCCAGAGCAGGCUGACCAACUAGAAGGCCCAGUGGAAGACUGGCCUGACUGGAGCGACCCUGAAGAGAGCGAGAACAGAGAUGGCCAGUCAGUCCAGAUCCACAUUCAGGCCUCAGAGAGACAUGAUCCAGUAGACAGCAGACUGCAACCCUCACACCCAAACGUAGAAGAGGAGCCGUGGGACGACUUCGAGGACACUGAACCUACCUCAGAUCUCUCCCCGACCGCUCCUCUACCAGAUCCAGUUGUACUCACUCCUCCCAGAGGGGGCACUGCUACACCUGUACAACACGCUUCUGAAUCACUGAGGCUGGGUUCCUCCAAACCCCUCAAACUGACGUCAACACUGCGACAAUCCACACAGAGCAAGACCACUUCCUCAUGGGACGAUGGCUGGGCUCAGGAAGAGAGAGACUCAGAGAAAUCACCCAGCCCGUUAACCACCAAGCCCAAACCUACAGUGCCACAAAAGAAUGGUGGAAUAGGAGGUCUGGGGGAGGAGUUCACCAUUAAGGUGAAGAAAAAGGUGGAGCAAGACCCAGAGCUGGAUUUGUUUGCGGACAUGGUGCCAGACAUCAAACUGUCCUCUCCAGCUCUGCUGCCGCUGGACGAGAGCAGCGUGAGUGAUGCUGGACUGUGUGCAGCCUCUUCAGAAAACACUAAGUCUCUGCAGGGCGACUCGUCCAUCGAUACUGUAACACUCACUGCCAAGUUCGCAGCUGCCAGUCUGACUGAGACUGAAACAGACGGCUGGGGAGAUGGAGAUGACCUGAACUGGGAGGAUGAAAAUGUCUGGUGAUGCCAUUUGAUCAAUCAGCUUCAUCUGAAGCAAAAGACUGAAACCCUCAAAUGCAGCAUCUCAAAGAACCUUGUAAGCUACAAGUUGCUCCAGAUCUCACUUAACAGCAUGAUGCAGUAAGAAUAAUGAUGGGAUGACACUUUUUGUAUCCUAUUCUGUUGGUUCCUGGACAUUUACGGUCAGUCUUGCUUUUGAACUUGAAGGACGUGGACAAAUGAAGCCAUUCUUUAUUUUUUUUUUUUGCCAACUGAUACUAGUCACCUCAAGAUGAAUGAGGAUCUUAAUCACAGGUAAAUGUCAUCCUGUUUUCAUCAGCUUCUUUACUUUUUAUUUUAAUGUGCCAACUACUGGCAUGAAGAUUAAGGUACACAUUUGGAGAGACAGAACUUGUCCAAAAUGUGUUAGGUUUGAUUUACAGAAGGCUUGCACUUUGAAUGAAUGUGAACUAGAAAUGAAAUAAUUUAUUAGUAGCUUUUUGGGUGCUGGUGAAGUAAAGAUUUUACGGUAUCAAAUAUGGCUCUGUUCUGUUUUAUAAGAGUUAAUUAGUUUUACUUUAGAAAGCGAUUAUGCACGUUUGGGGCUAGUGACAGCAAGUACGUUGUACGGUGCAAUUUCAAUAACUUAGUUAAAUGAAAGCAACUGAGCAAUGCUUUGUAUUCAAACACGUUUAAUUAACAGUAAUCGUAAACAUCAAUCAAGACUGACCACAGAAAGGUUUAAAAAGUGAAGAGGAGCUUUCAGCAGCAGCAAAGGGUACACAGCCUUCCACAGGCCCAGACUGUGACUUUCAUAGUUUUUCUGUACACAAAGUAAAUAAUCUGAGGCUAGAAAGCAAACUGGAGCAGCUAGGUUGUGUGCCUGGCUGUGCUGAUGUGCGUUAUGAGGGUCUGCAGCUCCUGCAGUCUGGAUUCCAACCACUGUGGAGGUGGUGCAGUAGUGUUGGCUUUACCCUCGGUGAGAGCCUGAAGGGCUUUCAAAGCACUCUCAGCCGUCUGGAUGUAGCGGCUGUACUCCUCCUCUGCACUGGUCUCCUGCCGAGCUCUCUUUGGGCAUGGCUGAGAGGAGGGAUAAUUACAGGGAAAAUAUCUUUUCAUGAAUUAAGUUCUCACUCACAAUACAUGU